AUGGCGUCAGUUUUAGAUUUGGUAAAACAUUACCAACAUUCUAUUGAAAAAUAUCCAAAUGAUGAGCAAAAAAUAUUAAAAUGUAUAGACAAAUUAUACAACUUAGAUGUAAAAGUCCAACACUUACAAGAGACAGGUGUUGGUCGCACUGUAAAUGCUCUUCGAAAAGAACCAGGAGAUGUAGGCCAAGCAGCCAGAGCGCUUGUAUACAAAUGGAAAGUGAUGGUUGCUGCAGAAGAAAGUGACCAAGAAGACCAGAAUAGUGAUACUAAUAGCCACAAUGGACAUGAAAAUGGGAGGGGUUAUGAAAACCAUUCCAGUGAAUCUCGAAGUAAACACAACAAGUAUGAGAAAUCAGACAGAACACCAAAGACUGAAGAUAGACAACAUAAACAAUCAAAUGGUGACUAUGGAAGUAAGAGAAAAUAUGAAAGCAGUGAGGAAGAAGAUUCAGACACAAAAAAGUCAAAAUACUCCAGUACAAAAGAUAACGACUUCAAAAUAAAAUCAGAACCCGUAGAUGAAAGUGAAGGUGACAGUCAAGAUGAAAGUUCACAAAGUGGUAGUGACAGUGAAGACUCACAGUCUUCUGAAGAAGAUAGAAAACCAGAUAUUAAAAUAAAAGUAGAAAGGGUCGAAAAAACUGAGAGUCAUCAAUCGUCAAAACACUCGAGUAGGGAUAAAUAUAGUGACAGUAGAAAUUUAAAAGAAAAGCAAAAGCAAAAUGACGUAGAGGUAAGACACUCGUCUGACAAAUCCUCCAAAGAUAAAUCACACCAUUCUCAUACACAUAAAAGUUCGAAAGAGAAUGAUAGGAAUAAUGACAGAAAAGAAAAAGAUAAUAAAUCCACUGAGAAAGAAAAGAAACAUAGAGAUGAUUCAACAAACAAACAUUCAGAUAAACACAGGUCCACAAGUAGUUCAGAUAAGCAUAAGUCAAGUGAAAACAGUGAAAAGCAAAGGUCUAGUAGUAGUUCAGAAAAACAUAAGUCCAGCAGUAAUUCUGAGAAGCACAGAUCUAGUAGUCAUUCAGAAAAACAUAAGGCAAGUGCGUCAGAUAAGCACAAGAGUCAUGCAGAGAAAGGUUCAAGUCACAUAGAAAAAAGCUCAAGCCAUUCAGACAAACAUAGUUCUAGCAAAUCGGGGAAGGAAAAACAUAAACAUUCAUCGGAAAAAGAAAACAGUGAUAAACACAAAUCAAAAGAAAUCAGUAGUAGUAGCAGUAAAGACAAACAUAAUUCAUCAAGUAAGGAAAAAUCUAAAGAUAAAAGUUCCUCUAGAGAAAAAGAUAACAGUCAGAAAAGCGAGAAGAAACAUUCAUCAAAAGACACUGAAUCGAAAAGUAGCAAUAAAAGAAAGUCAGAAAGUGAUCAUGAUAAGAGCAGUAAGAAAAGCAAACAUAAAUCAAGUUCUAGUAGUAAGUCUAGCAGUAAGUCGAAAGACGACGAACCAAAGAAGAAAAAAGGUGAAGACAGUGAUGAUGGGAUUGACUGUGGCUCGGGUGCCAGUUUUGCAGAAGCAUUGGGUAUGAUCAGUCCGGCCAAGCCUAAGAAGAAACCCACAUCUAAAGACAACACAAUGUCGCCUAACUCUGGUAACGAAGACCUAAGUCCAGCAACGAUGUUAGCCCCCACCGCUAAGCUGGCGCCGCUACCGGCACUAGAGAUAUCUGCAUUACCAGAGAUAUCGCCCAACUACCGCCCGCGCCCGCCGCCUAAGUUCCUACCGCACUUCACUGAUGAGGACGCUCUGAGUGCUGGCAUAUCGUCCAAAAACCAAAGAACGAAAGUGUACUCCGGUAACAAAGUGAUCGGAAAAAUUACUACAUUAUAUGAAAUGUGUGUACAUGUCUUGCAAGAACACAUAGACGCACUCGAAUACACUGGUGGAGUUCCAUAUGAAAUACUAAAGCCGGUAGUUGACAAAGCGACUCCUCAGCAAUUGUUUGUGUUGGAACAUUACAAUCCAUAUUUAAUGGAGGACACUGACCAUCUCUGGCAAAAGUUCUGUGAGAAGAACUUCAGAAACAAGAAGAGACAAGAGAUGGAGACGUGGCGGGAAAUGUACAUGCGCUGUCAAGAAGAACAAGAAAUAAAACUGAAGUCUCUCACAACUAACAUAAGGAUAGCUCAAGAGGCCAAAAAAGCUCCUAUUAAACAAACAAAGAUGGCUUACGUGGACUCUGUUGUGAAACCUCCACGUAAUAUAUUAAAAAAACAAGCUCAACACGGAACCGCUUUUGCAGCAACAGCCAGUCCAGCAGCCAGAGUAGCCUCGCUAGCAUCUGCUCCCAAUGUACUAAAAGGUGGCAGGGCAGCCCCCAUGCCUGUCACAACUUCAUCCUCAUCCUCGUUCAAACCCAAAAAAGCACCUCUCAUGCAGAAAGCCUUACAGUUCAUGCGUGGAAGAAAACGA